AUGCUGAGUGUGCAAAGAUACAUCGAUCUCUCGCCGUUCCCAUUGACAGCGGGGGACGUGAAAUCGCUAGGUCAGAAGGAUGAUGAAUAUAAACCUCAUACCUGGCAAGAAAUAAAAGAUGUAAUAGCUAAGGGAGACAUGUCCGUCUUGAACAGGGCACCGUCAGACCUCAGAAACUACAUUCUCUGGGUUAGAGAGACGAAGAGCAAAAACGACUCGGUCAUAGAAUUCUUACUGCGGGAACGCCUUCUCUGGCAAAAGAAGGGCCAGGUUGAACGCAUAGAAGGCUCCAAUAAUACCCAGACGUCCACUGGCCUGGGCUUUGAAUAUCAGAAUGAAACUCCUUUUGCUCACCCAGCCGAUUACAAAAUCCUCCGCAACGACUGGCCAUACGGACUUGAUCAUAAUAUUGUGCACCUAGUUGUCUGGUUGAAGACCCGUAUCCCAGUUGAAGAGGAUGGCCAGGGUGGUCCAACCGAAGAGUCGCGCAAGCUUAUUGAGCAGUUUGUUGACAAGACGUUCACUCAGAAGAUUAUGGAAAGACAUAGAGAGGUAAACGGGAAUUGUCUGGAUAAAAUUAAGGAAGAGAAAGUGAUGUGGUUUAAGAACAAGAAGAAGUGGCAGACCGUUGCGAGCAUUGAGCAUAUUCACGUCAUUCUUCGAGACGUUGAUGAGGAUUUGGUUGUUGGCUGGACGGGACAGACGUCAAAGGACAUCACAGCUAGAACUUACAUCUGGAAUGGGCAGUAA